UUAUCAUUGAAAUAUUCUAGAUCUGGCCCCACAAAGACUUCCCAUUGAUUCCAGUGGGGAAAUUGGUCCUCGACCGAAAUCCACUGAAUUAUUUCCAAGAUGUCGAGCAGAUGGCCUUUGACCCCGCACACAUGGUGCCAGGUAUUGAACCAAGUCCUGACAAGAUGCUCCAGGGUCGUUUGUUUGCAUAUGGAGACACGCACAGACAUCGUCUGGGACCCAAUAAUUUGCAAUUGGCCGUCAACUGUCCUUAUAAGCAACUUUCCAUUAUGAAUUAUCAACGAGACGGUUUGAUGCCAAUUCAUAAUCAAAAUGGAGCCCCUAAUUACUAUCCAAACAGCUUUAGUGGUCCAGUGGAGUGUCCUGUUGUACGCUCACCACCGAUAAAACUCGCAGCUGAUAGUGCUGCUGAUCGUUACCAGCCAGUUAAUGAGGAUGACUUUGGACAAGUUACGACAUUCUGGCAGAAAGUAUUGGACGAGGGUGCAAAAUCCCGACUUGUCGACAACAUGGUUAACAGUUUGAUGGGUGCAUCAAACUUUAUCGUUGAACGUGCCGUACGGAACUUCUCGCAAGUCGACGUUGAUCUUGGUAAAAGAUUAACGGAGGGUCUUAAGAAGAAGGGAAGAAUCAUUAAUGUAUCAGGAAAAUCAGCAAACUUGUAAGAUUAUGAUGUUUUUAUAUUUUUGUUGUUUCGGGUAUUGAUGAUAUUCAACUACUUUCGCACAUUAUAUAUAUAUAUAUAUAUAUAUAUAUAUAUAUAUAU